AUGGGCAAGUACAUGAGGAAAUCGAAGGUAAUUGGCGAAGUAGCGGUGAUGGAGGUGAACCACGCCCACGCCGCUGCUCAAUCCUCACUAGGUGUUCGUACAAGAGCCAAAACCCUAGCCCUUCAGAAAUCAUCGGCUGCGGCGAUUAGCAAUGACGAUGGGUCGUAUUUGCAGCUGAGGAACAGGCGGUUGGUGAAGCCCAUACCCUCAAUUGUGACAGAAGCUAAAAGACAGAAACACCCUCAGCCAAAAUCAGGCAAGGGUAAAGUGGGUCCCCGAAAUCUUGAGGAGGAAAAGGAGGAGGAAAUUGACGGCCUGGAGGGAAAAGUACAUGGAAAAUUGGAGGCGGAGGAAAAUAAUCAGGAGGAUGAGAAAAAUGGUGGUGAUGGAGAAAUGGAGGCAUCAUUUGGAGAGAAUUUGCUGGAAUUUGAUGACAAAGAAAGGACCACUAGGGAGAGCACUCCGUGCAAUUUGAUCAUGGACCAGAAUGCCAUCCAAACUCCGAGUUCAAGUGAAAUGGACGAGUUUUUUGCCUGUGAAGAAAAGCAGCAACAAACACAGUUUAUCGAGAAGUACAACUUUGAUCCAGUGAACGACAAACCCCUACCUGGACGAUAUGAAUGGGUGAAACUAAAACCGUAG